AGAGGGAGGUUUUUUUUCGCUUUGGUGCGGCUAAUAGGCUAACUGCUACCUACUCGUUAAAUGCCGGCAAGUUUGCCCGAUUCUGAAUGUAUCACAAAACGACAAUCGACCAGCUGUUUGCGGUUUGUUAGGAGGAUAUGUCAGAAUAUUGAUACGGCGCUACUUUGAUUUCAUGUGAAAGUAAGCUAACGUUAUUGUCUAUGAGCUAAUUGAGGCUAACGUUAGCAUGAUUGGCUUUUAGCAUAGCAAGCAGGAAGGGUUCUGUGGAGGACUCCGCAUCAUCAGUGAACACAUCCAUGCCUAGCCUGAUCAUGGAGGGAGGACAGCAAAAACUGCAAAAUGUCCUGGAGGAUGGAUUAAGCACAGAAUUGAUAAAUGCUGGCCGGUUUUGCUUCAGCUGUGAGCAAAUAUUUUCAGAUCGAAGAAGCCUGGAGGAACAUGUGUGUUCUGCUGCAAGUUACAUCUGCUCCUGUGGAACUGAGUUUACCCAGUACAGUGACAUGUUGGAGCACAGCACGACACAUGAGCCUGGGCACCAAGUGCUUGAUCACGAAACAAUAAAGAAGCGCAGAAUUGAGAAGCGCAUAGAGGAGGAGGAGAAGCUAAAAAGAUUACAGACAGGCGAGGUUGUCUGGAAGGCACCUAAAAUGAACAAUGUGGCAUCAAUUUCUAUGCCAGUAAAUCUUAUGCUGCAGCGACCCAUUACAUCAGGUCCUUUGCCAGUUCCCAUCCAAUCUUCAAAGAUUUCACAAGUGCCUGAGUUGUACCCCGCUGUGUCACAAGCAUCAUUCCUCUCAAAUCCUGCCACCUCUACAACAGACAUGCAGAAUAUUUUUGCAGGUGUAGGUGCACCAACAGUGGAUCUUUGGACACUUUACCAGCCAGUCGUGGUGAUAAAUACGGUGCGCAAGUUUAACAAGAAAAAGCCAUACACUUGUGGUAAAUGUGGGCAGUGUUUUGUGACAAAGACCUCUCUCAUCUCCCACCACAGCUCUCAUGUCACAGACAAAGUUUCUGGCUGUAUAGGAUGUGGGCUGCUGCUCUCCAGCAAGAAGGUAGUGCCUCGCUUCCAUGUUUGUAACUCACCCAACACUGCUACCAAAUUCAGACUCAUUACUGCAAAACCUCUGAAUUUUGGUAAGCCAAACAAAGCCAGCACACAUAGGAGUCAGAACCCGAGUGCUCAGGAACCUCAGGUCCCUUCCUCUAUACAGCUAAAAAGGCAGAAUCCCAGUGUAACCAGUAAAGGAAUACAGACAUCAUGUGUCACUUCCAUCUUGCAAUUGAAAAAUCAGAAUAUCAGAUCAUACAGUAAAAGCACUCAGGGGUUUCGUGUCACUCCACUCCUGCAGACAUACAGUCGAAAUCCCAGCACAUCCAAGCCUUAUACCAAUGUCUCCCUUCUAUCAAAGAAUCAGAGUCCAAAUCUGAGUGCAUCCACCAAGUCAAGUGGUAGGGGACUUUCUUUCAUUCCCUCCUUGCAGAUGAAGUCACCCACAAACUCUGCAUCAGGUGUAUUGAGCAAACCCAUGCAGAUAUCCUCUGCAAAAAAUGGGUUCACAUGUCGAGUCUGUCAAAUUCCUUUUGAAACUGCUCAGCUCCUUCAGAGGCACAAGUGUAUCAAAGCACAGGAAUUCAUGGCACAGCAAGUGCGAGGUGGCAAACAGCAUUUCAGACUAAAGAGGGUGACACCAUUGGUAAGCCCAGUUCCUGUUCAGAUGAAUGGUGACAUUAAACUGGAUGUUCCAUUGGCUGGUAACAUAAAGAAAAACCAAGUUGUGGCUGUAAGUCUGGACAGAGGUCAAGGUGCAGAUCCUGUGAAUGGGAAACCAGGAGUGAAAAUGGACGAUGAUGAUUGUUACAUCGUUGAAAGCGGACCAGACAAACCUGCUGAGAUGAUUUACCAAGUAACCUCAUCUGUUCCUAUUAUAACUUGACAAAACUAGAGAGCCACUUCCAGUUUGCAUGUGACAUUUUAUGUUAAUUACGGACCAAGUGCAUAAAGAUAGCAGUCACCCGGUUGAACCGCAUCCACUGAUUUCAUCACACAGGAACACAAUGUUCCAAACUACUUUAAAAGACUUAUACGUGUGGGAUAUAUAGUGACAACUAACAUGCAUCUUAUUUCAACUGGAUUCUCACCAGUACAGUAAACGGCCCAUAUUGACUGUUGACACAAAUCUAAAGUUGUUGCCCCUGCAAUGGUUAUAGAAGAUGUAAAUCGAUAAUGUUCAUUAUCAAAAUGUAUGUUCAUGGCUUACUCAUGUAUGAUGGGGUAACCAGGUACUGCAUUAAAAACUUUUUUUGUUUUUUAAAUAUGUUUUAGUAUGAUCAGAAUGUGUUGUGAGGCUGUGGAGCUGACCACGGUACCGUGUGUGUUCUUACCAGUUUUAGCAGACUUCAAGA